UUGACAUUCAGAACUUCACUGGAAACUUUCUUUCACUUUGAUUUUGCUUUUGCUUUCGACUGGUUCUUAUUAAGCUGAAAUAUUAUUCAAAGAUGGCCUACAAAAUGUACCGCGGCACCACCCUGGGUGAGACUCUGCAGGAGACCCUGGACUAUUUGGUUCAGUUUGGGGACUUGAACCCUAACCUGGCCGACGAUGUGCUGGAUCAGUACGACCGCAGUGUCAACCGGAUCUUGCGUCACAACGAUAAGCCCCAGCUGACCUUCAAGGCCGACAAGCUGGAUGUCUAUAGAUUCUGCGACAAGGUCUGGGUCCUAAUGCUCAAGGAUGUUGUCUUCUACGAACGCGAUGGACGUGAGAGACGUGAGAUUUUGAACGUGGCCAAAUUGAAGGUUGUGUCCUGCGAGACCAGAAUUGGAAUGUAAGACCAUCUGACUGAUUAAAUAAAAUGCAAGGCCAUUAAAAGGUCUUGUAAUUUUACAACU